CACAACUUUCAGUGCAAAUUCCAUAAAGAAGUGUGAAAGUCGAAACUGUUUUGGCAUUUGUAAUUAUGAUAUCAUCGGUAUCAAACGAAUUAAAUAUCUCAUCUUAUGAAAUUACUGUGUGUGUUCAACAUUACGAAAUUGAUAAAAUACAAAAAGAGACUAUAAAAGACAGUGCAAAUAAAAUUAUUUUAUGAUUCUCAACUUGAGACUCAAGAACAAUAGAAAAAUUUUUCUCAAAAGUCAAAAGAAGAGUGUUUGAAGAGUUAAAAUAUUAUAAAUAGAGUUGAAUUAUAAAUUUGUGGUUAGUAUAAAUUGAAAAAAUAGUGAAAAAUGCCGAAAAAUAAUCGAAAAUCAAAAGCGAAUCAAGCUUCAAACAAUAACAACAACAACAACUUUAAAUACGAAAAUGAUUCUGAUGAUGAAUAUUCAAAUGACGGAGCAUCAGUCUACUCUUAUCAGUCUGACAAUGCAGCAAUUCCUGAUGUUGAGGAAGCGAGCGAUAACGUCGUUGAAAAAUAUGAAGAGAAGUUAAUGCAAGCAAUCGAAAAUGCUUCAGAAAAGUCACAACAAACACGAACACAAGCUCUUCAAGUGAUGAAUGAGAUAUUUAUGCAUCACAGUAUGUUUGAUUUCGUUGAUGAACGCCGAGUGACAAUAUUGGAUAUCAUCGAAAAAUCGUUGAAGCGCGGAAAAGGUCAAGAACAAGCACAUGCUGCUAGAAUGUCCGCUCUCCUGUUGAUUCAAUUGCAGGGUGAUGAAGAUGUUGUUAAAUCACUUGCGCCAUUACUCCAACAAACCGCUUUGGAUACAUCUGCAUCAUCCGAUGCAAGAGCUAAAUGUUGCUUAUCUUUGGCACUUCUUCAUUUCCUCGGUGGAGACGAUGUUGGUGAUUUAAUCAUUUUGUGUCAGAUGUUUGAAGGGAUUUUCUCUGGAAGUUAUUUGAAGGGAGACAACACACCAAGCACUGCUAAUGCAGAUGCUGGAGGUUUGCAUGCUGCUGCACUUGGAGCUUGGGCUCUCGCACUUACACUGAUUCCACCUGGUGAUGUUGUGUCUUUAAUUCAAACCAAACAAAUCUUAGCAUCCUUCAAGAACUUAAUGGGAUUGCUUCAAUCACAACAUCUUGACGUUCGUAUGACAGCUGGUGAGGCAAUUGCUUUGUUAUUGGAAAGUGGAAGAGCUCAUGACGAGGAAUUCUUGGACGAAUACAUCACAGACCUCAUUGAGAUGACAAAAUUACUUGCAACGGACUCUCAAAAGUUUAGAGCGAAACGUGAUCGUAAACAACAGCGAGCAACAUUCAGAGAUGUUUUGCAUUAUAUUGAAGAAGAAAUUUCACCAGAAAUUGCAAUUCAAGUUGGCAAUGGCUUAACCAAAGAACAGUUAACUCUGGAUACAUGGGCAGUUCAUCAUCAAUAUUCUUGUAUUUGCAAUGCCUUGGGUUCGGGAAUGAAUAUUCAUCUACUUGAUAAUGAGUUUCUUCGAGAUGUUUUCCAGAUGGGAAUCAGAUUAGAUCCAGAUCAAAUUACUACAAAGAAACUCAGCAAAAAUGAGAAACGAGCUAUUCAAGCUGCCAGCUUUAAAGCUCGGACCAUUUCAAGAGGGAAAAAUCGUGAUAAACGAUCUGCUGUAGUUAAUUAAAGUUUUUUUUUUGCUGUUGUCUUUUUGUUAUAUUUUCAUCAGUUUGAGUUAUAAUUUAAUGUUUUUUUUUCCUUUCUUCUGGUUAUUUUAAUUGGUGGCUAAAUGAUGACGUAAUGUAGUUACACAAAUUGUAGUCAUUAUUCAAGAAAAACAAAUAAAUAAAGAUAUUGCAAAAAUUAA